GCAGGAAAUGCCGACCGUGUGUGGUGUAGAGUAGCGCAUAUCAGAGGAGGGAGAAACUGGCUCCAGUGUCCAGCAUAUUACCUUACACUGCUCGACACACAGCCCUCACCCAGUUGGCUGACAGGGAUCAGAGGACAGAGCCAAGCUCUAUUCGUCCACGGGAUUGAGCUGUUUCAUUACAACCCAGUGCAUUCUGGGAGUUGGAAGGCGAAGUUCGUACCUCUGUUGCUUUGGACCACGGAGCCUUUUUUUUAGCCAGACUGCUGAUCCCAGGGGUAGUGGCAGGAUGAGGUGUGGAAAACUGCAUGUGGGAGCACUGGACUCUGCAGGGUGAUGGUGCACCAGUAGCUGAUACCUCACGAACUCAGGAAUGGAAGACACCGUCUGGGAGCAGUACACCGUGACAUUGCAGCGGGAUGCUAAGAUGGGGUUUGGAAUAGCCGUGUCUGGCGGCAGGGACAACCCUAACGUGGACAGCGGGGAGACGUCCAUCGUCGUGUCCGACGUUCUGCAGGGGGGCCCCGCUGAUGGCUUGCUGUUUGAGAGUGACCGGGUCAUACAGGUCAACACCAUCUCCAUGGAGAAUGUGCCUCAUUCGUUUGCUGUGCAGCAGCUUCGGAAAUGCGGGAAAGUGGCCAAAAUAACAGUGAAGAGGCCUCGUAAAGUGCUAAAGCGUCCCCCGACCCCAGACAAGGACAGCCGUCACUACAACCUGUCCAGCUACUACCCCGAGGACAACCGCAGCUUGAACAGCGACCCAGACUCGGACUACCCCCGGGGCAACGGCGGCCUGGGCUACCCCCGCGAACGGGACCGCAGCCUGGACAUGGGCCGGUCGGGCUUCCUGGAGCCGGACUACCGCCGGCAGGACCACGAUCCGGGCCGCAGCCGGGGCCGCAGCGCGGAGAGGUCGCCCAGCCCGGAGAGGGGCUAUCGGCGGGACGGCAGCCGGGGGCGAAGCCUGGAGCGCGGCACCAGCCCCGCCAGCAGUUACGGCAGGGACCCGGCACUCGGCUACAAUGGCAGGAGGUAUGAGCCGCGCCCAGACAACCGGAUGCUGCGCGGCCACAGCCGAGACCGGCUGAAGGAGGGCUCGCCCUCGCCCAGCAGAGGGCGCCAGAGAGAGCUGGUCCACGCUGAACCUCUGCAGGCGCCCAUCAACGUGAUGCUGGUGAAGAACCGGCCCAAUGAGGAGUACGGCCUUCGCCUGGGCAGCCAGAUCUUCAUUAAAGAGAUGACCAGCACAGGUCUGGCAGCCAGAGAUGGAAAUCUGCAAGAGGGCGACAUCAUCCUCAAGAUCAAUGGGACGGUGACGGAGAACCUGUCGCUGAGUGAUGCCGGGAAGCUGAUCGAGAAGUCGCGGGGCAAGCUGCAGCUGGUGGUACAGCGGGACCACAGACAGAUCCUGGUGCGCAUCCCGGCCCUGGCCGACAGCGACUCCGAGCCCGAUGAUAUCUCCGAGAUGGAGUCCUGCCACUCCUACUCUCCGCAAGAUGACCAGCGCUCGCGCCAGUCCGACUUAUCCUCCCAUUCGUCCAACGAGGUACCCCGAGACAGCUCCAGAGAGGAGCCCCCGAACAGAGGGACCAAGGUGGCCACCGUGUCGUCCCCACACAGGCCGGCAGAGGCACGUCACUCGAGCAGGUACGAGCGAGCAGAGUCGCAGGCGAAGGAGCCUCCAGCAGCAGUCAAGAAAACUCCCAGAAUUCUGCUGCGGCCAAGUACUGAGGAUGAGGAGCUGUAUGGGCCAAACACCAUGAUGGUUAGCUUUCAGAAGGGCGAGAGUGUUGGUCUGCGUCUGGCCGGCGGCAACGACGUGGGCAUCUUCAUCGCGGGCGUUCAGGAGGGCAGCCCAGCUGAAGAGGAGGGCCUGCGUGUGGGUGACCAGAUCCUGAAGGUGAAUAAUGUGGACUUUAGGAACAUUGUGCGUGAGGAGGCUGUAAUGUUUCUACUGGAGCUUCCCAGAGGAGAGAACAUCACCAUACUAGCCCAGAGUAAAGCAGAGGUUUAUGAAAGCGUCCUGGCGUCCGGGCGAGGGGACUCCUUCUUCAUCCGGACGCACUUCAGGUACGAGAAGGAGCAGCCCCAGUGUCUGGGCUUCUCCCGGGGCGACGUCUUCAAGGUGGUGGACACUCUGUACGACGGCAAGCUGGGCAACUGGCUGGCCAUCCGUGUGGGCCAGGACCAGCAGCUCCUGGAAAAGGGCAUCAUUCCCAGUAAGAGCAGGGCUGAUCAGAUGACUAACGUUCAGCACACUCACAAAGGGUCAGGCAGUGACAGAGCUGAUUUUUGGAGGCUGCGCGGUCAGAGGGCGUCUAAGAAGAAGGACGUACGUAAAGGCCGGGACGACGUGAACACUGGCCUCUCCUCCACCCGCUUCCCCGCCUACGAACGGGUGGUGCUUAGAGAAGCGGGCUUCAGGAGGCCUGUGGCGCUGUUCGGACCCAUCGCCGACGCCGCCUGCGAGAAGUUGGCCGCUGAGCUCCCGGACGAGUUCGUCGUCGCCAAAACGGAGCCCAAAGACGCAGGGUCGGAGAAGUCCUCCGGAGUGGUGAGGCUCAACACCAUCAGGCAGAUCAUUGAGCAGGACAAGCAUGCGCUGCUGGAUGUGACUCCCAAAGCCGUGGACACGCUGAACUACACGCAGUGGUAUCCCAUCGUCAUCUUCUUCAACCCAGACAGCAAGCCCACCGUGAAGGCCAUGCGACAGCGACUGGUUCCCAACUCCAACCGCAGCGCCCGCAAACUCUACGAUCAGGCGCUCAAGCUCAAGAAGUCCUGCUCACACCUGUUCACAGCUGUCAUCGAUCUGAACGCCGCCAACGACGCGUGGUACGGCAGCGUGAAGGAGUGCGUCAGGCACCAGCAGACACAGUCCGUGUGGGUUUCGGAGGGGAAGCUGGAAGGGACAGAAGGGGACCUUGAGCUCCACGACGACCACAUGUCAUAUCUGUCAGCAAUGAGCGCUGACUACCUGAGCAUGGACAGCCGCGUGACCAGUGACUAUGAUGACACAGCGGACGAGGGCGGAGCUUAUACUGAUAACGAGCUCGAUGAGCCACUGGAGCACCAGCGAGUGUCUGCAAUCAGCAGAUCCUCUGAGCCUGUCAUGCCAGAGGAGAUCCUCAGGAAGUCCAGUCAAGAGAUCCGCCUUGCUCCGCGUGCCGCUGCAGCCAGCAGAGAAACGCCUGGCGACAUCACUCCUCCCUUCAUGUCCACCUUUCUCGCCGAACCCUCUAGGGUGAAAGUCAGCGAGGCGCUGAUCCAGCACAUCGACCCGCCCCGGGUCUACGAGCCCCACGCCAGCCAUCCCACCAGCGACGAGCAGCUCCGCUCCCAGCAUUCACCCGGCACCGCCGGAACGCCACUGCCCCCCACAGCCCUUAAGCCCCACUCCACACCUUGCGCCCCCAGAAGCCUGGUGGACAGCCCGCCCCUCAGGGAACGCGAGCCCCCAGACCUGAGUCCCGAGGACCCCUCCCAGAAGUCCUUCCUGGGCAAGGUGAGAGCGUUCGAGCAGAUGGAUCACAUGGCCCGGGCACAGAGGAUGUUGGAGCUGCAAGAAGCCCAGAAUGCCAGGCUGGAGAUUGCCCAGAAGCACCCAGACAUCUAUGCUGCCCCUAUAAAAUCCCAGAAACUGGACCACAGCAGACCACAGCCUAUUGGGUCCAGCACGCGGCCCGAACCGCAGACGCCUCCCUCCAGGCCACUGUACCUGGAGAGCUGCCAGCCCUGCCCAGGCAAAGAGGACACCGGCGAGGAAGACUACCGGCGGUGGCUGGCGGAGCAGCGCAGCUACUACUCUGACACCCACAAAUACCAGGACACAGAACUGUAGGGCCUCAGCUCACCACACUGUGCCCCAUUCCGCCAGGGUUCUGGCCCGUGCCCUCAGCUGCUCAUACGCAAAGCCUUUCUCCCCUCAUUCCUCUCACGCCUUCUGUUCACUUCAAGGAAGUCAGACUUUCCAUCCAUAUGGACAUUCUCAAUGUUUAUCUAAUUGUUUUCCUUAAAAUCUUUCUGUCUCUCUCUCUCUCUCUCUCUCUCUCUCUCUCUCUCUCUCUCUCUCUCUAUAUAUA